AUGCCCGCGCGCCCCCCCUGCCCCUUCCAAGCGCCGGGUUACCCGCAAUCCGCCUACCAGCCCUUGCGCUCGGCCCCCCACCCUCCCCCCCUCACCCUCGCCCCGCCGCCCUCGACUGCAGUGAGAACCCCCGGCCGGGGGGCGAGCCCCCCCGGUGCCCUCUCGCCACCACCCACCGUGUGGCCGUCACCCGUCGCCCCCUUCGCCCCCAGUGCACGCUCGGGGCGCACCACAAAUACACCCCCCCACCACAGAAAAACGAAGGCCCCCCCGCGACUGACUGCCCAACACAGCCCCCCUCGCCCCGGAACGCCCGCCCAGCUACCCGGUCCUCCUGUACUGCGGUACCGGUACCGCCCCCCACCGGAGCAGGGAGCGAUCCCCUGCCGCACCCCGAGCCGGCUCCCUCCUCCCCGGGGGGGGCGCGACAGGCCGACCCCGCGGAGGUUCACGCCCCCCGCGCGAUCGCGCCCCGCAUCCGCCUCCCCCGUGGGCCGCCACUGCCGCCCAUCCGCGGCGCUUCCCCGAUGCCCUCCCCUUCGGUGUGGGUGGGGGGGGCGCGCCCCGAUGCCCCGUCGCCCCGGAGCGCGUGUCACUCCGUCCGCAAUCCCCCCUCCCUCGGCGCCUCCGCCCGCCCCGCCUAGCCCGGUCCCCCGCUGGUGCCCCGCGUGGCCCCCCCACCGCGCGCGCCUGCCCCGUCCGCUGAAGCCCGUGAGUCCGGGACCCCUCCCCCCCCCCCGCUCCGCCUCGCCGCGGGGGAGGGGCUCCCGUAAGACUCUCACGGAAACCCCACGUCUGGCCCCCAUCCGGACCACGACACGCGAGCCCCUACCGCCACCGCUACCGCGGCACGUGAAAAAACGCCGCUCCCCCCCCCCCACUACCGGGUUCCCACCGCGCUGCCGCGGCCGGCCCCCGGCGCCCCCAUGGUAUGCGCCCGGGCCGGCCCCGCCCCCACUCCCCCCAGGGCCCGACCGCGCCACGCCCUGCCCCUCGGCCCGCCCCCGCGGGCGACCCAUGGUCACCGCACCCAGGUGUGCCGAGCGCCCCGGCUCGCCGAAACGUGACCCCGCACACGGGCCCGGCCCGGAGGCUCUCGUCCCCGCCUGUUCUGGUGGGGCCCCCCCGCUGGUGGUGGCGUCGGGCCCGUCUGGGCCCGCCGAGGUGCCACGGGCCGACCGGCCGCGCCCCGCGGAGAGGACACACGUGCCGCCGCGCGAGGCUAGUUGCCGGGGGACAGGGUCCCACCCGCCCCCCCCGGGGGCAGCCGCCCCGCACAGCGUGGUGCCCCGGCCCCGCCGUCCCAGCGCCCGGCCCAUCCCCGAGCACCUCCGGGGCGGCCCCCAGCCCCGGCGACCACCGGCCGCCGGCAGCGACAGCCCGCGCAGCCGACUGGCCCCCCCUCGUCUGACGGAGCUCCCCCCGGCCCCCCCCGCCCGGGGUCGCCCCCACGCCCCCGGCCCCAACCGCCACGGGCCCGCCUGCCGCGCGCGUCCCCACCCCCCGUGCUUGAGCGACCCCCGGCCCCCCCGUCCCCCCGGCCCCGUCGGCCCCCUGGUCCACACCGGGGCGCCCGAUCGCGCUACCCCCUCGUCCCCUCCGCGCUGUCAAGCAUGCAGGGUGCCUCCCACCCCCGGGCCCCCUCCGCUACGCUUGGGGGGUGCCGCCGCUCGCGCCAUCGCCCCCGCCACACCUACCCCGGCCGCGCCGGGCGCUCGACUCCCGACCCCCACCAAGCACUCAACCAGCGCCGGCCAGCCCCGGUCAGUCCAACGCACAGAACACGCGGGGGGACGACGCGCCCCGUCGCCCCACCGGGGGUGGGGGUGGGAGUCACCCACCCACAGGCGCCUGCACAAAACUGGCGCCCCAGUCACACCCGACCCUCCCGCGCAGGGCGCCACCACUUGUCCCACCCCCCCGCGAAGCCGGCCGCGCCCCCCGUCCGCGCCCAGCGCCCCCGCGCCCCCCCCUCACAGCCCGCCCCCGGGGGUGUGUGGUUGGGGGCUCUGUCCACCCCCUCCGGCGUCACGGGACGGGCCCAACAAGGGUGCGCGGGGCCCCGGCGUCCCGGGGCCCCCCCUUUCCGGCCCCCUCCCCCCCGGCCUGAACGCCUCUCCGCCCUCCGGGGGGUGGAGGGGGCCCCGACGGCCGCCCGGUCGCCCACGCGGGGACAACAAGAGCGUAUCCCCGCGCCCCGUCUCCGGGGCCCCCGGCACCGACCCCACCCACGCGGCCCGGGCGCAUGGCCCACCGUGA